AUGUUGCUCUUCUGCCCCUCCUGCAGCAAUGUCCUCACAGUGUCCCCCGUCCCCGCCCUCGCAGCCACCGGCGAUGAUCCAGAAGGCGACAACCGCCUAGAAUGCCGGACAUGUCCUUACCAAUACGUGCUGAAAAAGCGAUACUACGAGCGGAAGGUUUUCACGCGGGCGGAGCGGGAGGAUGUCUUUGGUGGACCGGGCGCAUGGGAUAAUGCGCAGAAGGCACACACGCAGUGUCCGGCCGAUGGAUGCGAUGGCACAGAGGCGGCGUUCUUCCAGGUGCAGAUUAGGAGUGCUGAUGAGCCGAUGACUUCGUUUUUCAAGUGUAUGGCCUGUGGGAACCGGUGGAGAGAGAAUUGA